AUGGGCAACGUUUUUGUGUGCGACGAGGUGGUAACAGCGGGCGACAUCGAGUACUCCGUGUCGCAGGUAGGGCCCCUUCUCGUCUCCCUCUCCCCCGCUCUCACCAGCAUGCUCCUUGCAACAAGCACCCUUCUUGCAAGCGUCCCUCUCCGUAGGGUGGCGAGUUUGAAGCGGACAAGCGUGCAGGGCAAAGUUCGUGUGCACCUGUGUGCAGCAGCAGCAGAGGAUAAUGGAGGCGGUGGAGAAUCAGAUGGCACAGGCAAGGCACCGCAGGUGGGUGUACGGAAGAUGGGGCAGUAUGGGGACGUGUGGGUGGAUGGCGAUGCUGCCACCACCGCCACAGCUGAUAACCUCUCCCUUCUCUCUCUCCCUUCCCUUAUGUGCGCUCGCCACUUCCACUCCCCCAUGGGGUGCCACACAGGCAAGGCACUGCAGGUGGAGGUGCGGGAGAGGGGGCAGCAUGGGGACGUGUGGGUGGAUGGCGAUGUUGCCACCACCGCGCGCAUUAUUCUGAAACAUGUAUAA